CUCAGGUAUGUUGAGUCUAAAAAGGACAGAGUCACAGUAGUCUUCAGCACAGUGUUUAAGGAUGACGACGAUGUGGUCAUUGGAAAGGUGUUCAUGCAGGAGUUCAAAGAAGGACGCAGAGCCAGCCACACAGCCCCACAGGUCCUCUUUAGCCACAGGGAACCUCCUCUGGAGCUGAAAGACACCGAUGCCGCUGUGGGCGACAACAUCGGCUACAUUACCUUCGUGCUGUUCCCUCGCCACACCAACGCCAGUGCUCGAGACAACACCAUCAACCUGAUCCACACGUUCCGGGACUACCUGCACUACCACAUCAAGUGCUCAAAGGCCUAUAUUCACACACGUAUGCGGGCAAAAACAUCUGACUUCCUCAAGGUGCUGAACCGUGCACGCCCAGAUGCUGAGAAAAAAGAAAUGAAAACAAUCACGGGGAAGACGUUUUCAUCCCGCUAACUCUUGGGAACGGGAAGAGGAAGCGGCUGGCAACUGAAGGCUGGAACACUUGCUACUGGAUAAUCGUAGCUUUUAAUGUUGCACCUCUUCAGGUUCUUAAGGGAUUCUCCGUUUUGGUUCCAUUUUGUACACGUUUGGAAAAUAAUCUGCAAAAACGAGCUGUGCUUGCAAGGACUUCAUGGUUCCCAAGAAUUAAAAAAAAAAAGGAAAAAAAAGAAUUCCACUUGAUCAACUUAAUUCCUUUUCUUUAUCUUCCCUCCCUCACUCCCGUUCCCCUCCCCCUCUUUUCCAAGCUGUUUUGCUUUGCAGUAUGUUACUGGUAAUGAGUUGCAGGAUAAUGCAGUCUUAACUUGUUUUCUCCUAAGUAUUUGAGUUCAGAACUCCUGUAUCUAAAGAAACACGGUUGGGGUCAUUAAUAAAGAAAGUCUUUCUAUCUUA